AUGCUUGCAGCAACUGCCACAAUGGGCCUUGGUGCGGGUUUUGCCUUAGCCACUUGGUGGAACCGUCGUCUAGGCACCAUCGGCCGUCUUGCAACUCGACCAAGCUACACACCUGGUCAAGUCCCUACUGUGCCUUCCGGAUUUGGAUCUAAAGUUCACGUAUUUGAUCCCUCCAAUCUGAAAUCGUGCUACAAUCUCAUGAUUUCAACCACCACACCUCGUCCUAUUGCCUUGGUGUCUUCGCGGAACUCCAAAACUGGCCUUGACAAUGUUGCUCCCUUUAGCUAUUUUGGAGCCGUUGCCCACGAUCCUCCCAUGUUAGCCAUUGGAUUCUGCCGCAAUGGUGGCGAAAAGAAAGAUUCUAUAGCAAACAUUUUGGAAUCCAAGGAGUUUGCGGUAAACAUCAUUUCCGAGUGGUACUUGGAUGCUGCCAACCAAAGUUGUGGUAACUAUGCAAGUGAUGUGGACGAGUUUUUGGAGUCUGGCAUGACCAAAGAAGACUGCAAAGUCGUCAAUGCCCCACGAGUCAAGGAAGCAGCUGUAACCUAUGAGUGCGUCUUGGACCAUGUGCACACCAUAAAAAAUUCUUCUGGAAGUGAAACGACCGAAAUUGUAUUGGCAAAGAUUGUCCGUUUUCAUGUGGACGAUCAAGUCUUGGUGGAUGGUUUUGAUCCACUCAAGCCAAAUGUAGAUACCAUGAAGUUAAAACCAGUGGGUAGAUUGGGAGGUAAUAUCUACACAACUCUCGGGGACACUGCUGACAUUCCCAGACCAAAGCUGUAG